ACUGCAAGGUAAAGGAUGGAUGACUCAUUUUGAGUAUUUUCUCGGUACAGACACCAAAAAAGUUGCUAUUAAAUCUUUUGGAUACGGGGGUCAGCUUCCAGAGAGUUGAGGCAGGACCUUUAUGCCCUCGCUGAGCUGCUGUUACCCAGCUGGGGAAGGAGCAGAAUGGCACAGCACCAAACCAAACAGGGCCAGGCACCAGAUACCAUGACAUAAGGACGUACCAACGCCUGUUUUAGAAACGUGGCACACCAUGACACCAGCCUGUCGCUACAGCUGACUGAGGAGCUCAGUGUCCGGGAUGAACGCACGCUACCUGUCAGUCUAACCUGUCUAACCAGAGAAAAGCAGCUAAAAAUACGAUCUUAUGAUUCUCCGUAACAGCUGCUACCUGCCAAAUAAAAAUUCUGAAGCUGCCCAAUCCAUGAGUGGGCAUCGAAACAUAAAGAGGCGAUGUGGGGAGUCGCACCUGGAAUCCCCUGCGGGCUGCGGUCACGGUCCUGCCGCUGGAUGCGUGUUAAGCAAGCUAGUUCAGUUGCCUACACCCCCCUUGUCAAAGCACCAGCUGAAACGGUUAGAAGAACACAAAUAUCAGAGUGCCGGACGAUCCCUGCUUGAACCCCUAAUGCAAGGAUACUGGGAAUGGUUGGUUGGAAGAGUUCCAGCCUGGAUUGCCCCGAAUCUGAUCACCAUCGUUGGACUGUUAAUAAAUAUAUUUACAACUCUGCUAUUAGUAUAUUACUGCCCAACAGCUACAGAACAGGCACCUCCCUGGGCAUACAUUGCUUGUGCAUGUGGCCUUUUCAUCUACCAGUCUCUGGAUGCUAUAGAUGGCAAACAAGCAAGAAGGACAAAUAGCAGUACUCCGUUAGGAGAACUUUUUGAUCAUGGCUGUGAUUCACUUUCUACAGUCUUUGUGGUUUUGGGAACUUGUAUUGCUGUGCAGCUGGGAACGAACCCUGACUGGAUGUUCUUUUGUUGUUUUGCUGGAACGUUCAUGUUUUACUGCGCACAUUGGCAGACAUACGUCUCUGGAACGUUGCGCUUUGGCAUAAUUGAUGUGACUGAAGUGCAAAUCUUCAUAAUAAUCAUGCAUUUACUGGCAGUGAUUGGAGGACCACCUUUUUGGCAAUCUCUGAUUCCAAUACUGAAUAUUCAGGUGAAAAUAUUCCCAGCUCUCUGUACUGUCGCAGGAACCAUAUUCUCCUGUACAAACUACUUUGGUGUAAUCUUCACAGGUGGAGUUGGCAAAAAUGGAUCCACUAUAGCAGGAACGAGUGUCCUUUCACCUUUUCUUCAUAUUGGGUCAGUGAUUGCAUUAGCUGCGAUGAUCUACAAGAAAUCUGCUGUGCAGCUCUUUGAGAGGCAUCCCUGCUUAUAUAUACUUACUUUUGGUUUUGUAUCUGCUAAGAUAACAAAUAAACUAGUGGUUGCACACAUGACCAAAAGCGAAAUGCACCUGCACGACACAGCAUUCAUAGGCCCAGCACUAUUGUUUCUGGACCAGUAUUUUAACAGCUUUAUUGAUGAGUAUAUUGUACUCUGGAUUGCCCUGAUCUUUUCUCUCUUUGAUUUGCUGCGAUACUGUGUCAGUGUGUGCAAUCAGAUUGCUGCCCAUCUGCACAUCCACGUAUUCCGAAUCAAGUCCUCCACGCAUUCUAAUCACCAUUAGUAAACGGGGAGUCACCAUAAGGAGAAAUAAGAAAGAGUUGGUUCUCUACAUGAAUGGAUGUGAAGCUAUGUAGGAGACUAAGGCAAAAAGCAGAUGAGAACAAAGUAAUUUAUAAUAAUCAAUGUUGUAUAACUUUUAUUCUUUGUUAUCAGUAACACUCCUUAACUAGUCUCCUGCCUGAGAGAGUGAAUUCCAAGUACACCCUAGUCAACUCUACAUGUAGUCAACUCUGUUGGUUCAAAGCCCGGGAAAGCAUGCAGGGAGUAAUGCUCUGUCUUUGUAAUUACCUUGAUUACAAAAUAAUCUAUAUAUGGUGAAUGGAUCCCCAACAACUGAAGUUUCUAAUGUAGUAUAAUUACAGCUGCAAUACGACUUGCUUUUAAUUUUAAUAUUUCAUCAUCUCUUAGUGAAAUACUUGUUUAGUGUCCACUUGAAAUUUAUUUACUAAAGACCUGAGCUGGUAAAAAUGGAGGUAUCGCACUAGCUUGUGUAGCUGAAGCAGCUGUUGAGGUUUGAGUCCAGACUGAUGUGGUUCUUUUGCUUUAUGCAUUGCUGAUAAAGCAGUUUCUUGCUAAAGAAUAAUGUGUUGAACAGGGCUCUGCAAGCAGAAGGGAUGACUGGCAUGCAAAAUAGUGUGGUAUCUUUGUCAAUUAAUUUUAUUUUUUUAAAUAAACAUUAUCUAAAAAGACAACUUAUUCCUCAAUUUUCUUCAGUGGAAAGACUAUGAAAAGAAAAUUUUACUGUUUACUUUUUUAUGUAUAAAACUUAAGCAAAAUUUCCAUUCUGCUCUUAAUAAAUAAGAAUUCUGAGAGCAA